AAAAAAGUUUAAAAUUAAUUAAAAAAUGUAUAUUAAUACAAUAUUUAAUUAAUAUUUGGUUAUUUUAAUUGUGAAGGUAAAUUUUUUUUUAGGUUAUUUUAAUCAUUUUCUCUGAGAAAUACAUUCAGCGGAAAGUCCGUCAAAACAAUACCUAGAGAUUCCGUCCACACGUCAGUUUCCAACUCAAUCCAUGUGCUUUCUGCAAUCGAAUCCCAACACGCUUUCUAAUUUUCUAUUACUACCCGAUUUGAUCCGAUUUAAGUUUCUCCAUCUCUCUUCCCCCACCACCAUCCAAGUUAAUCUCCCAGAAACUGUGAUUCUUCUAGUAAUCUCCCGAUCUGUUCAGUUUUAAUGGCAAAAGAAGCAGCAGAAGGGUUGAGAGUGGAGCAAAGACAUGGGAAGGCUAGAGUUAGAGUUGCGAGAGUUUGGCGUCAAGGCGUGGAUGGAUCUCAUCACUUUGUUGAAUGGAACGUUAGCAUCAGUCUUCUCUCUCAUUGCCUCCCUUCUUACCACAGUGACGAUAACUCCGACAUCGUCGCUACCGAUACCAUGAAAAACACCGUUUAUGUCAAAGCGAAAGAGUGUGGAAAUCGACUCUCUGUAGAAGAAUUUGCAGUACUUUUAGGGAAUCACUUUUGCUCCUUUUAUCCACAGGUUUACACUGCUAUUGUUAAUAUCAUUGAGAAGCCUUGGGAGCGCGUAUGCAUCGAUGGAAAACCCCAUUUACAUGGUUUUAAGCUAGGGUCAGAGAACCAUACUGUGGAGGCUACUGUACAAAAGUCUGGUGCACUAAGCUUAACUUCUGGUGUUGCAGGACUAGCUCUGCUCAAGACAACCCAGUCAGGGUUUGAGGGGUUUGUGAGAGACAAGUACACCAUUCUGCCUGAUACUCGAGAGAGAAUGCUUGCCACAGAGGUGAAUGCAUCUUGGAGGUACUCUUAUGAGUCUGUUGCAAGCAUCCCGAAAAGAGAACUCUACUUCAACGAGAAGAUCAUGCAAGUAAAGAAAGUUCUGAUGGAUACUUUCUUUGGUCCUCCUGAAACCGGUGUAUACAGCCCUUCUGUCCAACGCACACUCUAUCUUAUGGGAGGCGCUGUACUGAGAAGGUUCCCUGAUGUAGCAUCAAUUCACCUUAAAAUGCCAAAUAUACACUUUUUACCUGUAAAUCUUUCAACCAAGGAGAACCCUACAAUGGUUAAGUUUAAAGAUGAUGUGUACCUGCCAACGGAUGAACCUCAUGGAUCUAUAGAAGCAACCCUAAGCCGCAUAACCUCAAAAAUAUAAGCUUUUGGACAAUGCAGUGACAAAUUAAAUUCACUUCACAUGUUCUACAACUUUUGGCUUUUGCCUUGUUUAUGAAAUAAAGAGGGACACUCUUCAUGGGUGCUAUAUGUUGCAAGCAACUAUGGUGACACAAAAGUGUAUGUGAUGUAUGGAGCUGCAUUAAUGUGCUAUUAUACCUUCCUUGUACCCAAAAUGUUUCAACUUGAAUGCUGUUUUGGUGGAAUUGAAUCAUUGCUCCGUAAGGAUCAGACACACUGUUGAAGGUGGUCAUGAUCUUUGCCUGUAGAAUGAAUUGAAGUAUGGUCUGGAGACAAUAUAAGAUUGUCAGUACAGAAUGAGAAUCAUAUCAUGAAUCC